CCUCGCUCAAAUCCGACGAUCAAACGCCUCAGAGCCAUUGAAAUUUGAAGGAAAUCGUCGUCGGAUUUGCAGGAAUGGACGUUCGCCGGCGAUCAAGCAAGCCCUGUUGCUCCGGAAAUUCCCUCGACGCCGGCGAGCCCCUCAAACCCCACAAACAGCACUCCCCCAAUGGUUCCGACGCCGUCGCCUUCUCCCUGUACCUCGCGAAUGGAGUCUUCUUCACCAUGUUCUUCUCUGUGAUGUACUUCCUCCUUCAGCGAUGGCGGGAGAAGAUCCGCAACUCCACUCCGUUGCACGUGGUGAGCCUGUCCGAACUCGUGGCCUUGUUAGGGUUGUUCGUGUCCGCCGUUUACCUUCUAGGGUUCUUCGGAAUCGGAUUCGUCCACUCGUUUAUCUUUAAGGGGAACCAGGAUCUAUGGGAUGUGGAAGACGAGAGCGAUGAGAAAUUCAUCUUGGAAGAUGACAGCCGCAGUGGGAAAUGGCCCGCAGCCACUACUCUUGGCUGCUCGGUCCCUGCACCACCUGCUCGAAAAAUUGCCGCAGUGGUUCCCCAGCAUCCGGCCAAGGUGGAGAUGAUGGAUUAUGAGAAACCUGCUCCUGUGAUCACAUCUGAGGAUGACGAGGAGAUCGUCAAGUCAGUUGUGGAGGGGAAAACACCUUCCUACUCAUUGGAAUCAAAGCUUGGAGACUGCAAGCGGGCUGCUUCAAUUCGGCGCCAGGCGUUGCAGAGGAUCACUGGGAAGUCACUGGAAGGUCUUCCACUUGAAGGGUUCAAUUACGAGACCAUUCUUGGGCAGUGCUGCGAGAUGCCGGUGGGGUACGUGCAAAUCCCAGUGGGAAUUGCUGGGCCAUUGUUUCUUGAUGGGAGGGAAUACUCUGUCCCAAUGGCCACCACUGAAGGGUGCCUGGUUGCUAGCACCAAUAGAGGUUGCAAGGCCAUUGCUGCUUCCGGCGGUGCCUUCAGUGUGCUUCUCAGAGAUGGGAUGACUAGGGCUCCUGUUAUGAGGUUUGGCACUGCCAAGAGGGCUGCAGAGUUGAAGUUCUUCGUCGAGGAUCCUGAAAAUUUUGAGACUAUUUCUGCAAUCUUUAACAAAUCAAGCAGAUUUGCCAGAUUGCAAAGCAUUCAAUGUGCAAUUGCUGGGAAGAAUCUUUAUAUGAGGUUCAGCUGCAGUACCGGGGAUGCGAUGGGUAUGAACAUGGUCUCCAAGGGGGUGCAAAACGUGCUUGAUUUUCUUCAGAUUGAAUACCCUGACAUGGAUGUCCUUGGUAUAUCUGGAAACUUUUGCUCGGACAAGAAACCCGCAGCAGUGAACUGGAUUGAGGGGAGAGGCAAGUCAGUUGUUUGUGAAGCAAUUAUAAAGGAAGAUGUGGUGAAGAAAGUGUUGAAGACUAAUGUAGCUUCCCUGGUGGAGUUAAACAUGCUAAAAAACCUGACUGGUUCAGCCAUGGCUGGUGCUCUUGGCGGCUUCAAUGCUCAUGCAAGCAAUAUUGUCUCUGCUGUAUACCUAGCCACCGGCCAGGACCCAGCUCAGAAUGUGGAGAGCUCUCACUGCAUCACCAUGAUGGAACCAGUCAAUGAUGGCAAGGACCUCCACGUCUCCGUGACCAUGCCUUCCAUUGAGGUCGGAACAGUCGGUGGGGGGACACAGCUUGCAUCUCAAGCAGCCUGCUUGAACCUACUUGGAGUGAAGGGAGCCAACAGGGAGUCUCCUGGCUCAAACGCAAGGCUUUUGGCAACCAUUGUAGCCGGUUCAGUUCUUGCAGGGGAACUCUCCCUUAUGUCCGCCAUUGCAGCCGGGCAGCUGGUGAAUAGCCACAUGAAGUACAACCGCUCCAACAAGGAUGUCGCCAAGCUUCUGCCUUGACUGGGGGGUUGCAGUCAACCACUCCGGCGAUUGCCAUUCAUCGUCGCAUAACUGUGUUGUGUGUGUGAUUGAAUAAUGAAUGGAAUGUUCUUAUUGUAAUAAACUUGCUAUGUACCAAUGAGAGUUCACAUAUAUGUUUUACUUUUAUGUUUGCUUGUGUUCUUCACAUUUUCAGUGUUUUGUGUAUAUGCUCAUGUCAAUGAUGACUAAAAAAUUGUGUGGCUUAAAAGUCUUGAAUUAUCAUGAUAUAAGAAAAUCAAAACAGAGCAAAUGU